AUGGGUAUGUGCUGGUGCAAAAAGAAAACCGAAGAGCAGGACCGGUACGUGCCCCAAAUAGCAGCGGUAGCGGUACGUCCUGAAAUCAGUGCGGUACUGCCUUCUUUGCCCUCGCCAGUGUCCAGGGCUGCGCCCAAAUUUGAAGCCAGUAGGGCACCAGAUCCUGUUUUGGUGGACAAAUUGAUUCUGGAUACUUUGGGAGUCAUUGAAACCUUGGUGGAUAAUGAACAAGAACCCCCUAGCGCGAUGCUCCAUCUCCACAACAUUGCAGACAACGAAGAAGGCUGGAUCCAAGUGGUAAACUCAAUGAUCAAAGUCAUACCUUUAGCUGACCCUUUGGGCCCCUCAGUCAUCACUCUCCUAUUGGACGAUUGCCCUUUGCCUUCAAAAGAAUCAAUAGUCAGAGUUGUAGGCAUGUUCCAAUUAUCUCGCCAAAAGGCUUUAAAAGAAAGACGAGACCCUACUAGACAAAGAAAUACUUGUGUGGUACUUGGUAGUAUCGCUGAAAAAUUAGCAGGGCCUAGGAAUAUGGAAAUUUUAAAUGAAGGCGUUAUUGAUUAUCUUUUAACUAAUUUAGAACCUGAAACAAAUCCUAAUGUGAUUUUGUUUAGCUUGAUUGCCUUGGAAAAAUUCGCUCAGUCUAGUCAGAACAAAGUUUCAAUAAUGAAAAAGAUUAAGCAAUUGAAUCCUUCCCCUGUACUUGUAUUGGAGGCUUGGAAAAAUGAAACUAAUGAGUAUGUUAAGAGGCAAGCAGGAUUUUGUGCACAAUGGAUUUUAGAUAAUAUUUUUAUGACUGAAGAUAGAACCUAUUCCUACCUCUCCGUUAACAUGGAACACAUAAACGCAAUGCUCAAUACAAGUGAUGUAAGUGAGUACCUCAAAAUAUCGCCAGAUGGUUUGGAAGCCCGUUGUGAUGCUUACAGUUUCGAAAGUGUGCGCUGUACAGUUCAAGCUGACUCAGGUAUUUGGUACUACGAAGUACUCAUUAUAACUCCAGGUGUGAUGCAAAUAGGCUGGGCUACAAAAAAUAGUAAUUUUUUGAAUCAUGAAGGUUACGGUAUUGGUGACGAUAGAUUUUCAUUGUCUUAUGACGGUUGUAGAAGACUGAUAUGGUACAAUGCCAAAUCUGACCCUCAAAAAUUACCCAGAUGGCAACCUGGAGAGAUUUUAGGUUGCCUUUUGGACUUGGACAAUCAACAAAUUGUAUUUUCUGUUAACGGUAUCUCGUUGCCUCCCAGCGUACAUGUUUUCACUAUGGCAAAACAUGGAUUCUUUGCUGCUGCCUCUUUUAUGUCAUUUCAACAGUGUAGGUUCAAUUUUGGGGCGGAGCCUUUCAAAUUUCCGCCCUCUGUAGGUUUUAGUACUUUCAAUGAACAUGGGGAUUUGAGGCCAGAGGAAAAGGUGGUACUGCCCAGGCAUAUCUAUUUGAAACAGCUGAGGCAGCAGAAUAUAGGGGAGGAUAGUUGUACGCUUUGUUAUGAUAAAAAGGCGACUGUUCGGUUGAUACCUUGUAGGCAUACAGGAUUUUGUCAGUCCUGUGCAGAUCAACUCAGUGAGUGCCCGAUGUGCCGAUCUCCCUUCAGCCAAGUAACAAUCGAAGAUCAUCCCCAUGCGUCGUGA